CUCGACAUCGCCCAGCACCACCGCGCACACGGCAGCUCGCGCCUCGCAGACCACCGCUUUCCAAAGCAAACCCGCCCAUCACCACCACAACCGCCGUCGCCAUGGCCUACUUCCGCAUAACCCUGCUCCGCAGCGCCAUUGGCCUGCCCGAAAAGACCCGCGGCGUGCUCGCUGCCCUCGGCCUGCGCAAGCGCAUGCGCACCGUCUUCCACCCCGUCAGCCAGUCCGUCGCCGGCCAGAUCUUCCGCGUCAAGGAGCUCGUCGACGUCCAGGAAGUCGAGCACGCCCUCACCAGGAAGGAGCAACACGAACUGCGGAAGCCGGACCCGGGCUUUUUCGUCGAGAAGCGCGUGAACCAGCAGAAAUAAGCGGCGUAUUGGGAUGCCGGCGAGGGAUUGGAAGGGCUAGAAAAGAGGACAAAGUUUCGUGGGCUCGCUGAAGAUGAGAGAGCAGUGCAUUGUGGUGGUGGUGGCGGCGAGCAAGGCUCUGUGGCAGCUUCAGGAAACCUUGUAUGAGCGGAACAUGGAAGGCGUUAUCGGGUUCGAGGCAUUUGAAAACGUCGAGGUUAAAUGUUGCAAUUGGACGAAAGCAUUGCGGAGUACCAAGCAAAAAAUAGUCGAUGGCGGGGGAAGGGCUGACUGCCUACUUCCCUGCGCCAAAAAAGUGAAAAACAAUCAAGUUGCUUAGCUUCAUACCAAGACGUCCCA